AUGACCCGGAUAGAGAAUCUUCCCCAAGUCAGCCCCCCCUUCUCCACGCAAAGGGGAUCAUCUGGCCCAGCUGACUCUCCGCGACUCUCCGCGACUCUCCCACCCCCCCCCUCGCCCGCGCACGUGAUCUCGCCAGCACAACGCCCAGUACGGCACACAGGCCUACUGGGACGAACGCUACUCGAACGUGCGCCGAUCAUAUAUCCGUCCGAUACGGAAACAUCACACUGGCCUUAAUUGCUCAUUCAUUCGGUCUCUUCCCCUCACAGGAAGCCGAGGACGCGAGCUUCGACUGGUUCCAGACGAUCGACCUCGUGCCGCUGGUCCAGCGCUUCGUACCCGAUACAAACGCUAAAAUAUGCAUGUUGGGCUGUGGCAAUUCACGUAAGUCCAUCGUCAGUACCAACGAUCCAGAUAUGAAUCUCAAAUCUAACCUAUCGUCCCUCGCCUUUCACCGUCGAGCAGUCCUCUCGGCGAACCUCUACGAUAAAGGCUACCACUCCAUCGUCAACCUCGACUAUUCGCCCAUAUUGAUCGACAAGAUGGAAAAGAUGAACUCGGCGACAAGACCCGAAAUGACGUGUAAGUUCUUCAUACGACAGGACCCCAUCAGGUUUGGGCCGUCGGUUCAAAACCCCUGUCCAGACUUGAGGGAACUGAUCAGGACACUCCGUGCUGGCGCCCGGCUUGCAUCCCUGACAGGGCAAACCGCCGAUGUUCGAGCAUUACCUUUCGCCGACGAAUCCUUUGACGUCUGCAUCGACAAAGGUGCGUUCCAGAGUGUUGUACUUCAGCAUCUCGUAUUGCCACCGAAUGCUACUAAAAGGACCCUCCGAGUCAUCAGGCACGAUGGACGCGAUGAUGACCUCCAUCAGAGACCCUUGGAAUCCACCCGAUCAAGUGAUCAAAGAUUGUAACGAUGAAAUUGAUCAAGUUGUCAGGGUGCUCAGCAAACCGAAUGGGGUGUUUUUGUACCUGUACGUAACCCGGUCUCGAGCUUGCAGGCGGAUCUCGGCCUGACUCAACAAUCUUACUUCAAAUAGUACAUGGGGUCAACCCCACUUCAGGAAGCAGUACCUCCUUCGAGAAGGUUGGCAACUGGAGACCGUCGAACUAGGCGACGGCUUCUGCUACUACCUCUACGUGUUGCGCAGGAAAGAUCGCGAUGACAGGACAAAGGCGCCGUGA